UCAUGUAUACAAAAACAUGACACUGAAAUUUACACUUUGAAGUAAUUUACACUAUCAACUAAAACAUAAUUGUGUUGUAAUUGUAAAUAAUAUAAAACUUGUUCAAUAAGCGGUUAAUUUCUUGUGUCACAAGUUCAUAGUGUUUUAUAUGGAUACUUAUUUUAACUCACAACUCUGUUCUUGAGAUGUUAUUCUAAAUGCAACGGCCGAGAUCCAUCCAGUCAACACGACCGUUCACGCCUCGGAACUCAAAAGAUCGUACCGGUACGGCACGGAGCUACAAUGUUGUAGCACUGGAUACAGGAUUUUAUCCUCAACCUUUUAGUAAUCCUAAUCACGAGACGCUUAUGAAACAAUGGGCUUUACAAGGAUAUCAAUGGUUCUCUUGCAGUGAUGGCCAGAUGCCAAGUAGAGCUGUUCAGAGAGGAUAUUCACGUGCUGGGGAACCACUGUAUAUUGCCCGGGCUAUGUCACCAGGAAAUACCCAUUGUCUAGGAAUAUUUCAUCCAUCUUCAGGACAAUGUUAUUUCUGCUGGAGAGGACGAGAAUACCGGUCAAGUACAUACGACAUUUUAUGUCAAAUGCCGAAGUUAAAAAACAGAGCCACAGCAAUAACAACACCAGUAACAAGUGAAACUGCAACAUUUGGUGAUACCAUGAAGGUUAUGACACUACGUAGUCCUUUAAAAUUUUCAAACUAUAAUCGAAAAUGAAACAUGACCUAAUUUGAGGCGUGUGAUGCAAAGUCAAUUUACUAUGUCAUUUUGUGAUAGAUCAUAUGUUUAACUUUCAGUCGGUAUAUUGCCAUAUAACAUAAUGUUUAAAUAUAGAUUAUUUUUACACAAAAAUUAACCUCCGGUGAAUUAA